UAAACAUCUUCUUUUCUCUCUCUUCAAAUCUUCUCAAUCUUUCAGUGAGUUGUUCUCUGUGCAUCUUCUAGCUCCAUCAAUGGCGUCUGGAUCGUCCGGUCGCGGUAACUCCGUCUCCAAAGGGUUCGAUUUCGGUUCCGAUGACAUCCUCUGCUCCUACGAUGACUUCGCCAACAGGGAUUCGAAUUCCAAUGGCAAUCACACCGAUCCCGUUAUGGCCCCCAAUUCAACUAAGGAUUUUAACAAAUCAAGGAUGGCAAGGACAUGUAUGUUUCCUGCUUCUGCCUAUAAUCCGCCUGAAGAUUCUUUAAGCCAAGAUGUGAUUGCAACUGUAGAGAAGAGUAUGAAAAAAUAUGCUGACAACCUCAUGCGAUUUCUUGAGGGAAUUAGUUCAAGGCUAUCGCAGUUGGAAUUAUAUUGCUACAAUCUUGACAAAUCUAUUGGAGAAAUGAGAUCUGAUUUAAAUCGUGAUCAUGGGGAGCAAGAUUCAAAGCUCAAAUCUCUUGAAAAGCACAUUCAGGAAGUUCACAGGUCUGUACAAAUUUUAAGAGACAAGCAAGAGCUAGCUGAGACUCAGAAAGAAUUAGCCAAGCUUCAACUUGCUCAGAAAGAGUCAUCUUCCUCAAGCCAUCCUCAGUCUAAUGAGGAGAGAUCUUCUCCUUCUAUCACGGAUUCCAAAAAAACUGAUAAUGCAUCGGAUGCACACAACCAGCAGUUAGCUCUUGCUCUGCCCCAUCAAAUUGCCCCUCAGCAGCAGCCUGCGGCACCCCAGACCCAAACUCCUGCACCAAAUGUGACUCAAGCUACUCAACAACCUCCUUAUUACAUGCCUCCCCCUCCACAAGCUGUGGCCCAGCUCUCCCAGAAUCAGUAUUUACCUUCUGAUCAACAAUAUCGAGCACCCCAACUACAGCAACCAACACCAUCUCAAGUAACCCCGUCCCCACCUGCGCAGCAAUAUUCUCAGUAUCAGCAGCCACAGCAACAACUGCCGCAGCCGCCGCAGCAGCAGCAAUGGCCGCAGCAGGUGCAACCUCCACAACAACCCUCAAUGCAACCUCAAAUGAGACCCCCCUCAUCAAGUGUGUAUCCUCCAUACCAGCCAAGUCAAGCAACAAAUCAAUCUCCCACAGAAACACUGCCAAACAGCAUGCCCAUGCAAAUGGCAUAUUCAGGGGUUCCUCCACCUGGGUCUAGCCGUGCUGAUACCAUACCAUAUGGAUAUGGAGGAGCUGGUAGAACAGUUCCACAGCAAUCCCCACCCCAGCAACAGAUCAAGGGGUCUUAUACUGCACAAGGAGGUGACAUGUAUGGAACUUCCGGGACCCACCCGGCGCUGCCUCCUCCUCCUCCUGGUAGUGCAUACAUGAUGUAUGAUGGUGAAGGAGGAAGAACACAUCUUCCACCACCCCAACCUCAUUUUGCUCAAGGUGGAUAUCCUCCAACAAGUGCUUCCCUUCAGAACCCCACAGGUCAUAAUCUUAUGGUAAGAAAUCCUAGCCAGUCACAAUUUGCUCGCAACCAUCCAUACAAUGAGUUGAUUGAGAAAUUGGCGAGCAUGGGAUUCAGGGGUGAACAUGUGGCAAGUGUGAUCCAGAGGAUGGAGGAGAGUGGACAGCCUAUAGAUUUCAACUCUGUACUUGACAGGUUGAAUGUGCAUGGCUCUGUGGGUCCCCAAAGAGGAUGGUCAGGGUAAAAAAAACUUGUCUGGAACGCUCUGUUUGAGCAGAACUUUGUUCACCAACUGAAUGCUACGCUUAAAUCAUUGCGUGUUUUAGUAUGCAUGGAAUAAAAGUUUUAUGUAAUUGGCACGGUUUAUCUUCGUAUGUAAAUGUCUUGAGAUGUGAGGAUCAUCUAGUAUUUUUACAGAAAAUCCUUCACUUGUUUAUUUUUUAUUUACAUUUUAAAGAAAUGCAUGGAACUUCUUAAUUAUUU